AUGCAUUCCCGCGAGUUGUUGGCCAUUCUCCAGGCUGCAGAAGCCGCUAGAGAGGAUAAAGAUGCCAUACUACAAGACCACGCGGAGCAGGCCAGGAACCUCCAAUGCGCCACCCUGAAUCACGUGGAGCCACAUGGGUCGUUGCCCAUCAAAACGUAUGGACACUUCGUUACAUACUGGCCAUGUGACCCCUUCGGUUUUAUGCACCCUGAGAUCAUUGAGGAGUCCGACCCCGAUAUGUCCUAUGAGCAAGACGCCCCACAAUUGGCUGCACUAGACGACCAUAUCAGCCUGUCUGGUGAUAUCGUUCCAGCAGAACAAGGCGACGACAACGCGUCUGAAAACGAAGGUGACGACGGCGGUAUGUCCUACGAUGACCUGCCUUCCGACGAGGUAGAGCUUGAUAGCCUAAGCCCAAGCUCGGAUACUUCUGAAACGUUGAUAGAGAAAAGGCUAACGCUUAUUGGGGAGAGAGGGGGAGGUGUGUCACCCUCCUAG